AAAACCACCACGCACACCGUGCGGACGCAGUACCCAGAUCAAAUCCACCCCCGCCACCCCACUAUCCCACCACCCCCGACGCCGACGACCACCGAACGACGGCCGUCAUAAAACCACCACGCACACCGUGCGAACGCAGUACCCAGAUCAAAUCCACCGCAGCAACAAUGGUAGUCGUCUUCCAACCGCCGUCUGUCCCCGACCUCACGCUGCCGCCCAAGGCAGCUCCCCAACUCGCCGCGCCGGAGCCUGAAAACUGCCCCGGGCCCGAGAGCCAACAGGCCGGCAAAAUGGACGCGUGCGCCGGCUGUCCCAACCAAGCCAUCUGUGCCACCGCGCCCAAAGGGCCCGACCCCGACCUCCCCGCCAUAACCGCACGCAUGUCGACCGUCGCGCACAAGCUCCUGAUCCUCUCCGGCAAGGGCGGCGUGGGCAAGUCCACCUUCACCGCGAUGCUCGCACACGCGCUGGCCCAGGCGCCCUCCGUGCAGGUGGGCGUGUGUGACAUCGACAUCUGCGGGCCCUCUAUCCCGCGCAUGAUGGGGGCCGCGGUAGGAGAGAGUAUUCACGCCUCCGCCUCUGGGUGGUCGCCGGUGUAUGUCGCCGAUAACUUGGGCGUCAUGAGCAUACAGUUCAUGUUGCCGUCCGAAGACGAUGCGAUUAUCUGGCGCGGCCCGAAGAAGAAUGGGCUGAUCAAGCAGUUCCUGAGGGACGUGGAGUGGGGCGAGCUGGAUUUCUUGCUGGUCGAUACGCCGCCCGGGACGAGUGAUGAGCACUUGAGUGUUAAUCAGUACCUGAAGGAGAGUGGCGUUGACGGGGCGGUGGUGGUCACCACGCCUCAGGAGGUUAGCUUGCUCGAUGUGAGGAAGGAAAUCAGCUUCUGUAGGAAGGCGGGGAUUAAGGUGCUGGGGAUCGUGGAGAACAUGAGCGGGUUCGUGUGCCCGAACUGCGAGGGAGAAAGUCAAAUCUUCCACGCGACAACCGGCGGAGCACGGGCAUUGGCAAAGGAGAUGGGUGUACCUUUCCUCGGCGCGGUACCAUUGGAUCCUCGUAUCGGUGUGGCAUGCGAUUAUGGCGAGAGCUUCUUCGACGCAUACCCCGAGAGUCCGGCGUGUGAUGGGCUCAUGGGGAUUAUUAGAGGGCUGAGGGAGCAGAUGGGACUAGGCGAGUUAGGGGAGUAUGAGGAGUAACGAGGACGAAGGGAGAAUGGAAGGGGAGCUGUUAGCUGGCUGAGGCAUUGGAUGGUGUUUGGCGUUUUGGUGACUGCGUUUAAUUCGGAUAUCAUGGCUUUAUGGAGUAAAAUAGAUCGGGCGCCGUGAGCUGUGUGUGCUAUUGAGGGUGGGCCGAGUGAUGACUUGAGAUUCUGUAAUAUGGCUCAGGGCUUUUAGGUCCAUACGGCCUGUCCGCAGCCCA